CAAAAGGAGCGCCUUCCAUGUUCAAUUUGAUCCUCACGAGUCGAGUCUGUGCAUCAGGCGGCCUUGCUUUUUUAAGCAGCACAGUCGAGAAUGACCAGCCAAUUCGUCCAGCGAUCAAUGCCAAGCCGACCGACCCAACGCCCCUGGACAAAGGGAGCUCCCAGUGGGGUUCCUUAGCUGCGAGGGAGCGAGGACAGACCGGCAGUACGAGCAGGGCUGGGUGCUGGGCCCGACAAAUGGACUUUUGCAUGGGCUCGUGUCGACGACAUCCAUGGAUCUGCGACCCUCCCACUGGACCCUUUUUGAAGGUCCCUCUCUUUUGCCCCUUUUACAUUCCUCCCAGUGCAACACUGACUUCUUGUCAUUGUUGCAUUUCGGCGGCCUGGAUCGUUGCCAGGCUGUCUCUUGUGUCUCUGCCCUCACGCCGCCCAUCGCAGAGCAGCAGCCUCUCGAUGGUGCCCUCCCUUAGCGCCCGUUUCUCAGCAGCUGUGCUGCUUUCUCCUUGAUCUUUCUCCUUGAUGCUCCAAAAUGACCAUCCCUGUGAUCCACCGCAGCCCGAAGCGCAUGCUCAUCGCAGCCGCCAUUGCCAUCUUCGUCACCUACUUCCUCCUGCACCCCGUCGUCUCCUCUCGGUCCGCGCCCGUCCCCCAGCCACACCAGCAGGGCGAGGCCAAGUUCGGCGACUGGGCUAACAGGCCCGAGAACUGGCCCUCCAAGUCCAAGCUGGUCGACCUUCCCGAAGGCACGCCCCACAAGCUUCCGCGAAUCCAGCACGACUUCGCCGCCGACGCGCCCGAUCCCCAGCUCAAGAAGCUCAACGCUGCCAGGAGGGAUGCCGUGAAGGCGGCUUUCAAAAAGAGCUGGGACAGCUACAGGAAAUAUGCGUGGGGCUUUGACGAGCUCCGGCCUGAGACGCUCAAGGGCGACGAUACGUUUGCUGGCUGGGGUGCCACUCUCGUCGACAGCCUGGACACGCUCUGGAUCAUGGGCUUCAAGGACGAGUUCGAGGAGUCUGUCAAGGCUGUGCAGAAGAUUGACUGGGGCGCGGCUUCGGGCACAGGAUGCUCGCUUUUCGAGACCACCAUCCGGUACCUUGGAGGGCUAUUGUCUGCCUACGACCUGAGCGGCUCGCGGCCUCUGCUAGACAAGGCUCUCGAGCUGGCGCACAUGCUGUACGCCGCCUUUGACAACCCGGCUCGCAUGCCGGUCAACAACUUCAGAUUCGAUCUGGCCUGGAGCGGCAACCUCAUGCCCAGCUCGCGCGAGAUCUCGGCCGCCGUCGGCACCAUGUCGAUGGAGUUCACCCGCCUCGCCCAACUGACGAACGAGACCAAGUUCUACGAUGCCAUUGACCGCAUCAAGGUUCAGAUGGAGAAGACGCAGGCCAAGUCGUACCUACCCGGCAUGUGGCCUAUGUGGCUCGACGUGUCCGAGGGCAUCCACCCCAUGGACAACUCCUUCACCCUCGGUGCGCAGGCGGACUCGCUCUACGAGUACCUCCCCAAGAUGUACGCUCUCCUGGGCGGGCUGGACGAGGUGUACGCCAAGAUGGCCAAGUAUAUGCUGGAUACGGCCAGGAAGCACAUCCUCUUCCGCCCCAUGGUUCCGGACAAAGUCGACAUUCUGUUCUCGGGUGAAGUCAUAGCGAAUGGCAAUGUUUUGGACCUAAAGACGGAGAUGCAACACCUGUCGUGCUUUGUGGGCGGCAUGUACGCCCUCAGCGGCAAGCUGCUCGCCUUCGAGGACGGCGUGGCCACCGGGGCGCGCCUGGCGCGUGGCUGCGCCUGGGCCUACUCGGCCUUCCCUACAGGCAUCAUGGCCGAGGUUGCCACGGUUGCUGAGUGCGGGAGUGGCGCAGGUAAAAAAGAUAAAAAUAUUCAGACGCCAGGGACCGCUCUGGAGCCGCCCUGCGAGUGGAACCAGACGUUGUGGGAGAACCUGGCCGGUAUGAACGCCAAAACGCUGCCCGGUGGUUUCACUAGCGUCUGGGACCGCCGGUACCUGCUGCGGCCCGAGGCGAUUGAGAGCGUCUUUGUGCUCUAUCGCAUCACGGGCGAGCGCGAGUGGCUCGACUCUGCCUGGGCCAUGUUUGAGUCGAUCCGGGCGGCCACCGAGACGGAGCACGCCUUUUCGGGCAUUGGCGACGUCACGUUAAAGACAAGGAACAACAAGAUUGAUAGCAUGGAGAGCUUCUGGCUGUCUGAAACACUCAAAUAUUUCUUCCUGAUUUUCUCUGAACCAGACGUCAUCAGCCUAGACGACUUUGUGCUCAACACAGAAGCACACCCCUUCCGAAUCCCCAAGCCGAGGUAAUGGUGGUGGGUUCGGAUGGCGGGAUCGUGUUGUGAGCACGGCAGCUCUAAAAAGGCGGCAUCGAUAUGCCACCAACCCUAAUUCUGACGCAGCAACAUUGUAUACCAGUAGAUUAAUUAUAGAGAAUAUGAAAGCUGUGGCUUUCAGCCAAA